UAUUGUUUUGAACUUGAAUUUGAAUGCUUUUUCAAUUUCCAAUUUGUGUCUCCUCAACAUUAAAGAAUAAUAGGUAAUUGUACUUUUUAGGGGUUCAGCAAUGGCCAAAAUUAUUGGAGCAAAUGCCGCACGCCUGGAACAUUUAAAUGAUGAAGUUACUAUGUACGUUUACGAGGAACUUAUUGAUGGCAAAAAACUAACUGAAAUCAUAAACGAAACUCACGAAAAUGUAAAAUAUCUGCCAGGUCAUCAGCUGCCUUCCAAUGUUAUUGCAAUUCCUGACGUUGUCGAAGCUGCCAAAGAUGCUGACAUCCUAGUAUUUGUAGUACCCCAUCAAUUCAUCAAAAGAAUAUGUUCUACCCUUUCUGGAAAAAUAAAAUCAUCAGCCAUUGCACUAUCUUUAAUAAAGGGUUUUGAUUGUGCCGAAGGUGGUGGCAUUGAACUAAUUUCCCACAUCAUCGCUGAUCACUUGGAAGUACCCUGCUCUGUUCUCAUGGGUGCCAAUCUGGCUAAUGAAGUAGCUAAUGAAAUGUUCUGUGAAACCACCAUCGGUUGCAAGAACACAACUGACGGACUUUUACUAAGAGACAUCAUCCAAACCAACUAUUUUCGAGUGGUGGUUGUCGAUGACACAGACACUGUAGAAGUUUGUGGUGCCCUCAAGAAUAUUGUUGCUUGUGGUGCUGGUUUUGCCGAUGGGCUAGAAUUGGGAGAUAAUACUAAAGCUGCUGUAAUCCGAUUGGGACUUAUGGAGAUGGUAAAAUUUGUUCAAGAGUUUUACCCUGGCGGCAAACUGUCGACUUUCCUCCAGAGUUGCGGUGUCGCCGAUCUCAUUACGACUUGUUAUGGGGGAAGGAAUAGGAAAGUGAGUGAAGCUUUUGUGAAAACUGGUAAGCCCUUCGAGCAGUUGGAAGAUGAGAUGUUGAACGGGCAAAAGUUACAAGGACCCAUUACUGCCGACGAAGUCAACUUUAUGUUGAAUAAUAGAUCUAUGGAAGACAAAUUUCCCUUAUUCACUGCCGUUCAUAGAAUAUGCACAGGGUCGCUGCAGCCUACAGAUUUUAUUAACUGCAUCAAGGGUCAUCCAGAACAUAAUGAGAAUUGUCAUUAAUUAUAGGUAGGUAGGUACAUGUACCUAAUGUAUGAAAUUAUAUACUUUUAAAUUAUUUUAUACAAAAUAA